AUGACUUCGGUCUACUUCGGAGCUGCUGGUGGAUCAGGAGGCGCACAAUCUCAAUACUUUGGAGUCGGAGGAAAAACCGGAGGACCUACAAGUGGAGCUAAAGGACCACUACCCGCUGGUGCUCCAGCUGGCGGUGCACAGUCCGCCUAUUUCGGCGUUGGCGGAGGUGGUGGAGGAGGCGCUCAGUCUGCAUACUUUGGCGUUGGCGGAAGCACAGGAGGUGCUUCAGCAGCUGCACCUGCCCCUGCACGUAAGUUCAUCCUUAGAAGCUUUGUGCGGGAUGAAAAGUUUUCUUUGCAGCCGCUGGUGGCGCCUCGACAAUGA